UAAAAUUCUGAUGUCAUUUUACGUUUACUGCAAACUUUGCACGAAUGUGGAUUUUUGCAAAUAAAUAAAUUUUUUAUCAUAUUAUCAAUAAGUUUUCCAUAUACAUAGCUAAAAUGGAGUUAAACGAUGUUAUAGUAAAUCAACCCGUCGUCAUAGAUAACGGCUCCGGUGUGAUCAAAGCUGGCUUCGCCGGGGACCAAAUACCAAAAUGCAGAUUUCCAAAUUAUAUUGGUCGUCCCAAGCACGUCCGCGUGAUGGCGGGGGCCCUUGAAGGAGAGCUGUUUGUGGGCCCCCGCGCGGAGGAGCACCGCGGUCUGCUCAGCAUCAAGUACCCCAUGGAACACGGCAUUGUCACAGAUUGGAACGAUAUGGAGAGAGUGUGGAACUAUAUUUAUAGUAAAGACCAGCUAUCGACAUUCUCCGAGGAACAUCCAGUCCUACUCACGGAGGCUCCUCUCAACCCGCGCAGGAACCGAGAGAAGUCCGCGGAAGUGUUCUUUGAGACCUUCAAUGUUCCCGCUCUGUUUGUCUCCAUGCAGGCCGUGCUUAGUUUAUACGCGACAGGGCGCACCACAGGCGUUGUCCUAGACGCAGGGGAUGGCGUCACGCACGCGGUGCCCAUCUACGAGGGGUUCGCCAUGCCGCACUCGAUCAUGCGGGCUGACGUGGCCGGCCGUGACGUCACCAGAUACUUGCGCCUACUCCUACGCAAGGAGGGAGUGAACCUGCGCACCUCGGCCGAGCUAGAGAUAGUGAGGUGUAUGAAGGAGCGAGCUUGUUACCUGUCGCCCAACCCGCUCAAGGAAGAGGCUCUGGAGACGGAGCGGGCGCAGUACACGCUGCCCGACGGACAGCAGAUCGAGAUCGGCCCGUCGAGAUUCCGAGCGCCAGAAGUACUGUUCAGGCCCGACCUCAUUGGCGAAGAGUGCGAGGGUCUCCACGAGGUGCUGAUGUUCGCGAUCCAGAAGUCGGACAUGGACCUGCGCAAGGUGUUGUACCAGAACGUGGUGCUGUCGGGCGGCUGCACGCUGCUGCGCGGCUUCGGGGACCGCCUGCUCGCCGAGAUCCGCAAGAUGGCGCCCAAGGACAUGAAGAUCAGGAUCUCAGCGCCGCAAGAGCGCCUCUACUCGACGUGGAUCGGCGGCUCCAUCCUGGCGUCGCUGGACACAUUCCGCAAGAUGUGGGUCUCCAAGCGCGAGUACGACGAGGAAGGACACAGGGCCCUGCAUCGGAAGACCUUCUAGACGGUUCUCGUCUAAGAUAAACAAUACUAUCAACUAGAUGGAGUGUCGGUGCAAAACAAAUGUGUCGGCAAAUUUCAAGUGUGCUCUUUUUGAAUUAGUGCGAUUAGAAGAUUUGUUACUUGAUUCAUUGGUACAAUGGUUGUCAUUAGCUUCUAGAAUUUGACAGUAAACAUAAUGCAGACAGUUUUUUGCU